AUGUCUUCAGAAGCCAGGGCACCGUCUCGUUACUCUACCCCCGGGAUGUUCAGCACAUUCAAGUUGGACUGCAAGGCUGCCGCACUCGAGUUCGUCGGGACAACGUUCUUUCUACUUCUAGGGCUCGGUGGUAUCCAGGCAGCCAAUGGCGAGGCUCAGUCCAGUGGCACCACCAUCGGACAUGUGAUGUACAUUGCGACAUCCAUGGGUUUCAGCCUUCUGGUUUCCGCUUGGUUGUUCUACAGGAUCACCGGUGGCCUCUUCAACCCCAACAUCACACUCGCACUGUUUCUCGUGGGAGUGGUAAAUCCCGUAAGGUUCGUGUUGUUCUGCAUCGCACAGCUGGUCGGAAGCAUUGCCGCGUCGGCGUUGUUGCUUGCGCUGACCCCUGGACCGUUGGCUGUCAACACGUUCCUCCAAAAGGGAAUCAAUUCAGCUCAAGGCGUUUUCAUCGAAAUGUUCCUCACAGCGGCGCUGGUGUUAGCCGUAUUGAUGCUUGCCGCUGAAAAAUCCCAGGUUACUCCAUUUGCACCGGUAGGCAUUGGCCUGACGCUGUUCGUUGGACAACUAUGGGCCGUCUUUUAUACGGGCGCGGCUAUGAAUACGGCACGUGCAUUCGGGCCUGCUGUCGUCACUGGGUUUCCUUACCCUAGCCAAUGGGUGUACUGGGUCGGACCCUUCCUCGGCUCUCUGCUGGCAUCUGCUUUCUAUGCCAUGUUGAAAUGGAUGCAUUAUCAAGAUCUGAAUCCUGCACAGGCGUCCACGCAUGAGAAGGACUCGCCAGAUCCGCUUGCCGUGGCACCGAGUAGUACGAAGAAGCCUUUGUCUGAUAGAAAUAGUGCAGGAAGGAGCGAGGGAAGCGGGCCAAGCGAAGUCUAG